AUGGCCCUGCGGAGGCUGGGGGCCGCGCUGCUGCUGUUGCCGCUGCUCGCCGCCGUGGAAGAAACGCUGAUGGACUCAACCACGGCGACGGCGGAGCUGGGCUGGAUUGUGCAUCCUCCGUCGGGGUGGGAAGAGGUGAGCGGCUACGAUGAGAACAUGAACACGAUCCGCACGUACCAAGUGUGCAAUGUGUUUGAGUCAAGCCAGAACAACUGGCUACGGACCAAGUUCAUCCGGCGCCGGGGCGCCCAUCGCAUCCACGUGGAGAUGAAGUUCUCCGUGCGUGACUGCAGUAGCAUCCCCAGCGUGCCCGGCUCCUGCAAGGAGACCUUCAACCUCUAUUAUUACGAGGCUGACUUCGACUCGGCCACCAAGACCUUCCCCACCUGGAUGGAGAACCCGUGGGUGAAGGUGGACACCAUUGCCGCCGACGAGAGCUUCUCCCAGGUGGACCUGGGGGGCCGGGUCAUGAAGAUCAACACUGAGGUGCGGAGUUUCGGGCCCGUGUCCCGCAGCGGCUUCUACCUGGCCUUCCAGGACUACGGCGGCUGCAUGUCCCUCAUUGCCGUGCGCGUCUUCUACCGCAAGUGCCCCCGCAUCAUCCAGAAUGGCGCCGUCUUCCAGGAGACGCUGUCGGGGGCGGAGAGCACAUCGCUGGUGGCCGCCCGGGGCAGCUGCAUCGCCAACGCGGAGGAGGUGGACGUGCCCAUCAAGCUGUACUGCAACGGGGACGGCGAGUGGCUGGUGCCCAUUGGGCGCUGCAUGUGCAAGGCGGGCUUCGAGGCCGUGGAGAACGGCACGGUCUGCCGAGGUUGCCCAUCUGGAACCUUCAAGGCCAACCAAGGGGAUGAGGCCUGUACCCACUGCCCCAUCAACAGCCGGACCACUUCAGAAGGGGCCACCAACUGCGUCUGCCGCAACGGCUACUACAGAGCAGACCUGGACCCCGUGGACAUGCCCUGCACAACGAUCCCCUCCGCGCCCCAGGCCGUGAUCUCCAGUGUCAACGAGACCUCACUCAUGCUCGAGUGGACCCCGCCCCGGGACUCGGGAGGCCGCGAGGACCUCGUCUACAACAUCAUCUGCAAGAGUUGCGGCUCGGGCCGGGGCGCCUGCACCCGCUGCGGGGACAACGUGCAGUACGCUCCCCGCCAGCUGGGCCUCACCGAGCCUCGCAUUUACAUCAGCGACCUGCUGGCCCACACCCAGUACACCUUCGAGAUCCAGGCCGUGAACGGCGUCACUGACCAGAGCCCCUUCUCACCGCAGUUCGCCUCCGUGAACAUCACCACCAACCAGGCAGCGCCUUCCGCCGUGUCCAUCAUGCACCAGGUGAGCCGCACCGUGGACAGCAUCACCCUGUCGUGGUCCCAGCCCGACCAGCCCAACGGUGUCAUCCUGGAUUAUGAGCUGCAGUACUAUGAGAAGGAGCUGAGCGAGUACAAUGCCACAGCCAUAAAGAGCCCCACCAACACGGUCACUGUGCAGGGCCUCAAAGCCGGCGCCAUCUAUGUCUUCCAGGUGCGGGCACGCACCGUGGCAGGCUACGGGCGCUACAGUGGCAAGAUGUAUUUCCAGACCAUGACCGAAGCCGAGUACCAGACCAGCAUCCAGGAGAAGCUGCCACUCAUCAUUGGCUCCUCGGCGGCCGGCCUGGUCUUCCUCAUCGCCGUGGUUGUCAUCGCCAUUGUGUGUAACAGAAGACGGGGGUUUGAACGUGCUGACUCGGAGUACACAGAUAAGCUGCAACACUACACCAGCGGCCACAUGACCCCAGGCAUGAAGAUCUACAUCGACCCCUUCACCUACGAAGACCCCAAUGAGGCAGUGCGGGAGUUUGCCAAGGAAAUUGACAUCUCCUGUGUCAAAAUUGAGCAGGUGAUCGGAGCAGGGGAGUUUGGUGAGGUAUGCAGCGGCCACCUGAAGCUGCCGGGCAAGAGAGAGAUCUUCGUGGCCAUCAAGACCCUCAAGUCGGGCUACACCGAGAAGCAGCGCCGGGACUUUCUGAGCGAGGCCUCCAUCAUGGGCCAGUUCGACCAUCCCAACGUCAUCCACCUGGAGGGCGUGGUCACCAAGAGCACACCUGUGAUGAUCAUCACUGAGUUCAUGGAAAACGGCUCCCUCGACUCCUUCCUCCGGCAAAAUGAUGGGCAGUUCACAGUCAUCCAGCUGGUGGGCAUGCUGCGGGGCAUCGCGGCCGGCAUGAAGUACCUGGCCGACAUGAACUACGUCCACCGCGACCUGGCCGCCCGCAACAUCCUCGUCAACAGCAACCUGGUCUGCAAGGUGUCUGACUUCGGGCUCUCACGCUUUCUGGAGGACGAUACCUCAGACCCCACGUACACCAGCGCCCUGGGUGGGAAGAUCCCCAUCCGCUGGACGGCCCCAGAGGCCAUCCAGUACCGGAAGUUCACCUCGGCCAGUGACGUCUGGAGCUACGGCAUCGUCAUGUGGGAGGUGAUGUCCUACGGGGAACGGCCCUACUGGGACAUGACCAACCAAGACGUUAUCAACGCCAUAGAGCAGGACUACCGGCUGCCACCGCCUAUGGACUGCCCGAGCGCGCUGCACCAGCUCAUGCUGGACUGCUGGCAGAAGGACCGCAAUCACCGGCCCAAGUUCGGCCAGAUCGUCAACACGCUGGACAAGAUGAUCCGCAACCCCAACAGCCUCAAAGCCAUGGCGCCGCUCUCUUCCGGAAUCAACCUGCCAUUGCUGGACCGCACGAUCCCCGACUACACCAGCUUUAACACGGUGGACGAGUGGCUGGAGGCCAUCAAGAUGGGGCAGUACAAGGAGAGCUUCGCCAACGCCGGCUUCACCUCCUUCGACGUCGUGUCGCAGAUGAUGAUGGAGGACAUUCUCCGGGUUGGGGUCACCCUGGCUGGUCACCAGAAAAAAAUCCUCAACAGUAUCCAGGUGAUGCGGGCACAGAUGAACCAGAUCCAGUCGGUGGAGGUUUGA